CGAAACCGAUGUAAAAUUUCUUAUUUAGUCAGCAACCCGGAGUGAUAAAGACUUUUAGAAAAAUUCGAUAGUUUCUAAUAUAUUACCUGACAUAUUUACAUUAAAUAUAUAAAAUGGAUGAAGUGUACAAGAGAAUUAACGAUGAUACCGAAAUGCUCGACACGUGUACCGACGCAAGUGAAAUUGAACAAUUUUACGCAGGUCAAUGUGUAUUUCUAACCGGAAGUACGGGAUUCAUUGGGAAAUCUGUUGUUGAGAAAUUGUUACGGACAUGUGCGAAUUUGAAAAAGCUCUAUAUUCUAGUCAGAGCCAAGAAAGGAUCAAGUCCUACAGAAAGGCUUAAGAAAUAUUUGAAAGACGACUUUUUCAACGAGCUUCGAAAGACGGUACCGGAUUUCGAGAAAAAGAUCGUCCUUAUAGAGGGUGACCUGAGCGAAAAUGGAAUAGGAUUAUCAAUUAUCGAUCGUCAUAGUCUAAUUGAAGAAGUGAACAUCGUGGUGCACAAUGCAGCUAACGUCAAAUUCGAUAUCAAAGUUGAGCUUGCAUUACGUAUAAACGUUUUGGGAACACAAAGUGUAUUAGACUUGGUAUCGCAAUGUAAAAACAUAAAAGCCUUCGUAUACGUAUCAACCGCGUACUCGAAUUGUAUAUAUACAGACAUCGAAGAGAAAUUCUAUCCAUCGCCUGCCGAUUUGAAAAUGGUCAAUGAUAUGAUAAAAGCUGAUUUGGAAACUCCAAAUGGCAUAAAUAAAGCGGCUUUAAAGAUGCUUCUUGGCGAUAUACCGAAUAUUUAUGUUUUUAGUAAAGCUACUGCGGAAAACUUUGUUAAGGACUACAGCAAGAAAGUAAACUUUCCUUGUGCAGUUUUUCGGCCAUCUAUCGUGGCAUCAACCUACAAAGAACCUGUGGCUGGUUGGUGUGGCAAUUUGAAUGGGCCUGCUGCUGGAAUUAUUGGUUACGCGUUGGGUAUCAUACAUACAGUUUUCAUGACUGAUUCUCCAAUAGAUUUGGUUCCAGUGGACAUGUGUGCUAAUGCACUUAUUGCAAUUCCUUGGUAUAUUGUAGAUAACAAAAAGGAAGAAAAAACUGCCAGUGUAUUCAACUACGGUACCAGUGUGACCAAUCCAAUAAAUGUAAAAGCCUGCAUAAAUUGGGGAUACACGCAUGGAUCCGAAAAUCCGUCAAUCAAAAUGGUUUGGGAUUGUUUUAUAAUUACAACUAGUAACUACUGGUUAUGGCUAUUUCUUGAAAUUUUUCUUCAUUUCAUCCCAGCCAUUAUAGCUGAUGUUGUCUUGUUAACUCGAGGCAAGAAACCAAUGGCAGUUAAUGGAUAUUUUAAAAUUGUGAGGUACUUCGGCAUAGUGAGGUACUUUCUGAACGGAAUCUGGCGAAUCCACGUCACAGAGAUGCAGAAACUGUGGGACCGCUUGAAACCUCAUGACAAAAAAAAAUUCCACUGCGACUUGCGCGAGAUAGAUUGGAUGUAUUUCAGUAGCUUAUACUGGAACGGAUUACGAGUAUACAUCUUAAAAGAACCCAUGGAUACUGUACCAAUCGCCAGGAAACGAUUUGCACGACUUAGACUUUAUAAUAAAAUAUUAUUUAUUUUUCUAUCAUUGUUACUCAUAUAUACUUUGAACAGAUUCAUAAGAUAUAUUUGUAUAUAAAUCUCUACGUAGAAAUUUAAAUUGUCUAAUAAACGUAUUUUGAUAAGCUGAGGUGGUUCACAAAUUAUGAAAUUCGAACUUAUUACAAUUAUUGGUUAUAUAAUAAAAUGAAGAUCAAUCUGAUUUCAGUCUACGAAUAAAGUGCCAAAUCCAGGGGACUCUUUUACCCUGAAAUGUAUACGGAGUUGGCCUCAUUGAAAAGCAUAUCAUAUGUUGAUCGAUUAUACCAAAUAUUAGACAUGAAAUAUACGAUAUUAUGUAAAUUUCAAUUUAAAAUAAUGAUUUUGCAUCAGGAUGUUUUAAUAAAUUUCAAUUUUUACAUAAA